GGUGUCUCUGAGGUUCAGAGGAUCUCAUUUCUGUGGAGCUGCCAUCCUCACUGACCACUGGCUUCUGACUGCUGCUCACUGCUUUUCUACUUCCACAGAAGAGUUCCUGCGCAGUGUGGAGGCCGUAGUGGGCGAGCAUGACCAGCGAGUGGUGGAUCGUUGGGAGCAGACGUUUGGUGUGAAGAAUGUGAUGCUUCAUGAGGAGUACCAUCAUACUCUUCCUAUGAACUAUGAUAUUGCCCUGCUGGAGCUGAAAGGACACAUCCACUUCAGCAAGUUUUUUUUUUUAUUUUUUUUUUUUUAUGUUUUUUUUUACUAAAACACCCACUCCAUACAAUAAACUAUAAAAUCCUAAAAUUAAGUUUAAAUGUUGUGGAAUGUAUGCAAGACAAUUUACUCUAGAAAAGAUACCAUACUGGAGUGAGUGCAUCAAUGUAAACCUGUGAUUUGAUUUGCAGCUGGAACUAUUGUCAAGGCUGCUGUUAUAGAAAAUUAAUAAUUAAUUGUGGCAUUCUUUUAUAAAUAAAAACAGCUGUUUAUUGGAAAAUUUCUGUGGUGUAACAGGAAUAAAAUACUUCAGGAAGUGCUGUUAUUUGUGGGGACAAAAACUGCUUGGCAUUACUAAUGACUCCACUUUGCAUCAUGGUGAAUAACACCACCCAAUCGUUGAUUAUUUUCCUAGCACAACACGACCACAGAUGUUGGCAAAAAUGGAAGCCGUGUUUUAAAAUGUCACAUGUAUAUACUUUUAUUUUUAAUAGAUGGAAAGUGUUUCAGUGCUUCAACACAGACUAAAUUGUUUACUUAACACUGACUAAAGUUGUCACAGCUCUUUUAACUAAACCAUAGGAAUGCUGAUUUUUUUCCCCCUUAAUGUCGAGUGUAUAUCACUGGCAGGCGACUUUGCUCAACCUGUAUGUCUUCCUCUUCCUGGUGAGAUCUUCCCACCAAAGACCACUUGCAUUGUUGCUGGAUGGGGACGGAUAAAAGAAAGAGGUCAGAUGGCUUCAGUUCUUCAUGAAGUGCAGUUGAACCUGGUGGAUCCAGCCAUCUGCGAGCACAUCCUACAGACCAUCAGACCAGGCCUGCAAAACCUCACAGUGCUGUGUGCUGGACCAGAGAGAGGAGGGAAAGAUGCCUGCCAGGGGGACUCAGGUGGCCCUUUGCUGUGCCCACGGGCUGAUGGACAAUGGGUGGUGGUCGGAAUCACGUCUUGGGGCAAAGGAUGUGGACGCAGCUGGAUCAACAACAGGAUGAAACCUCUGACUGGAAGAAGCUCACCUGCAGUGUUCACUAACGUCCCAGUGUUCAUGAAAUGGUUGCUCCGGAAAGGAAGAAUAAUCUCCCAGUUGAGUGUACAAGAGGGAGCUCUAAAAGGCAGUGAGGGAAUUAUACGAUACCCGGUUCACCCAGGCCAGAACUACAGUAACAAUGAGGCGUGCUCCUGGUCUAUCAGUGUACCAGGUAGCAAAAGAAUCCUGCUGGAAUUCUUGAAGUUUGACUUGGAAAACCACCCUCUGUGCCAAAGUGACCACCUCACUGUGUUCGCCGGUGAAGGCCUACCUAUAGGCCGAUUUUGUGGCAGCAAGUCCCCUGCACCAGCGCUCAUACACUCCAACACCACGACACUUCAAUUCAUGUCUGAUUUCAGCGUCUCAGGCUCAGGCUUCUCCCUCCGCUUCAGAGCCGUCGAAGACAACUACACUUUGGGGCCAGGCUGCGGCACAGUGGCACUGUUUCAAUCCCCGGUGGCCAUGCAGAGCCCUGAAUACCCACGAUCCUAUGGCGACGACACCCACUGCCGCUGGGUAAUCUAUGUCCCAGAGGGUUAUGUAGUCAAGCUCGACUUCGCUGACUUUGUCUUGGAGGAGUCUGAAGGGUGUCAGUAUGACUCGCUGUCUGUAUUCAGAGACUUUGAAGCCAGAGAACAAAUUGUGGUCUUGUGUGGUCAGAGCAUUCCUCCGCCGGUGUUGAGUUUUGGCAGGGUGAUGGUUGUGCAGUUCAUGACGGAUAGCAGCGUGUCUGCCCGCGGCUUCAGCGCUAAUCUAUCAGUCAUCAGCAGAAAGGACCUCCAAAAUGGAGAGCAUGAAGACCUGGAUGAAGAAGAAAAUGAUGACAGCGGCCUCCUCCCUCUGUAGUCAGAGAGAGAUAUGUCCUCUUGGCACACUUUGUAUUAGAUUAGAGGUACUGUAUGCACGGUUGCCAGGUCUGUGUUUUUUUUGUCUGUGGACUAUGGAUUUGGUGUUUUCAAGGCUGCAGAUAAAUGAGAACAGUGUUUUGCAAUCCAGAUAAGUUUUAUUUAAUGCAAACAGUAAAUGCAUAAGCUGUUCUGUAUUUUUGUUGGCUGUGGUGUUGUAACUGUGGUGUAACUGACAAAAUUGUGUAUCAGUAGAAAAGAAAGUGUUGUAAUUAGAGAUGCACCGAUAAUUGGUAUCGGCCGAUAAAGGCAAAUUUUCACGCUAGUUAAGAAACAUUUGAGGAUCAGGGCCGAUUAUAUCCUGUCAAUCCAAAGAGGGCGGGAAAACACAUCGAUUUCGUGCUUAUCAUUGAAUUUAUUUUCUUUGCCGCACUGCUCGAGCUGAAUUAACGUGCCAGUACACCACUGAAAGAUUUAAAUGAAGAUGAGUUUACAAAAAAGUAUAUAUUGCACAGAAAAAUAUAUUUGUAGAGUAGUGUAUUUCAUAUCCAGCUAAUGUUAGUAUAUAAAAAAGUUUAUAUUAUAUUACCAGUUUGAUGUUCAGUCAUGAAGUAGAAAUGCUUUUGUUUGUGGUGAGUGAAUGUGAGACUAACAGAAGGUUUUUUAGAAUUCAGUCAAUGUUAAUAUGAAUUAAUAACAUUCAAGAGGUUUUGAGUAAUGUGUUUUCUGUUUAUGAGACCAGUUACUAUGAAAAAACUUGUUGAAAUGGAAAGAAUAAAGUUUUUAUUUGCAUUUCCUUCAGAAUUGUGGAAUUAAUUAUCGGUAAUCAGUAUCCGUAUCGGCUGAUAUCGCUCUGGUUAUCGGUAUCGGCUGAGAAAUUUAGUAUUGUGCAUCUCUAUUGUAACUAUUAUAAAUGUAUAUGAAAUAAAAUAUAACACUACUUCAGUGUAUAGAUUUGCUUGUUCUUGGUCAAUAACAUGAGUUGCUCGUUCUCAUAUGUAGCGGUUAUUUGUUAAAAACUAUUGUGAUAAUAUGCUGCUAUGUUUGGACAUUUUACAUUCUCUGUUUAAAAAAUAUAUACAUGUCUAUUUACAAAUGUAUUUGUGGAACUUAGUUGUGUGACCUAUCAAUUAGACAAAAUAGGAUUGUUUGGCAAAAUGAUUAUGCAUACAUAUAAAAUAAAGUUCUCAUUAUUGGACUUUUUCACUCUGCUUGAGAUUUAUUUAAUUCAU